AUCGAGCGGCGACGGUUGCCGGGGCCGCGGCGGCGCGGUUGCCGCGGCAACGGCGGAGCUGAGAACGCGCAGUCAGCGCUGCCCGCCCGCUCAGCCGCACAGCCCCGUUCCACCUGGGGAGCUGCCACACCGCCGCCGCCCGCCCACCGGCCGGUAGGAGCCGCAGGGCGGCCGGGGCUGCGGGCGGGGCCGCCCCGAGAGCUGCUGAUCUGUCCGCAGGGUCCCGGUUCAGCCCCGGGACCAGGGGCAGGUUCGCCGCGGCCCCGGCACCGAGCGCGGCGCGGUUAACGGGAGAGCUCCGGCCGCUCCCGUUAACGGGACACUGCGGGAGCCGCUGGGGCGCUGCUUUUACAGCCCCGAGAGAAGCCCCGGCUCCCCGCGGGCCCGGCGCUCGAUGCAUUGCCGCAUUAUCUUUACAACACUUAAACCCGCUCGGCUUUAUGGCCUCUGAUUGUCAGCGCUCCCCUCCGGCUUCUCUGCCUCUUGUUGCAGCAUCAUCAACUCCUUGACUUACUGCUUGGGGCUCUGGGACUGCAGGCGCUCGACACAACACAUCUCCUCUUUUUCCUGCCUUUUGCUUUUCUAGUUUUUUUUGUUUUUGUUUUUGUUUUUUUUUUUCCAAAUAACUCAACAUGGAUGAGGUGGUGCAUACUCUAAGAAAGAUCGAGCAGAAGUACAAGCUCUUCAAGAAGCAGCAGUUCACAUUUAUCAGAGCACUGGAACAAACCCGAGAAGAGCCCCAUGAUUUCAUCAAACCUGUCUCAUCCAUAGUCCAGGUGCAGUUCUCCAAGCAAUACAACUGCUACAAUUCCACCGACAAGCGCAUCCUCAACAUGUUCAUCUCCAUCUGCAACGACCUCCGCAACCUCUGCCACAAGAUGGAACAUGUGCAUCCUGGGGACUGUGUGACCAAUGGCCUUUUGGAGAAGUGCAAAGUGCUCCUUAAUGACAGCAACGACUUCACUGCCCUCCGAGCCACUGACCACCACGGUGUUGUGCACUACCUGGGCACAGAGGAAACACAAAAUCGUUAUGGAGGGGUGGUGAGCCUCAUCCCCAUCGUUAUAGACACUAUAAAGGAGUGGAUCUAUUACAUGCAGUGGAACAGGCUGCCUGAUGAAGAAGAUUUCUAGAAAUAUCUAGCUGCAAAUUAGAGUCCACAACGAAGGCACCCUGGAAGCCACCAAGCAAAUACCCCAGUUAAAGGAUGGAUCAAAUCUCCUGCAUCAUGUGGUCACCACCUUUAAUCACCUGGCUGAUUAAACACAGUGAAAUGAACACUAGAUACUCAUCCUGAGUCCACUUUCUGAAGAGCUGCUCUGCAGCCACAGAUGCAUUUGCUCUCCCUUGCUGAGAUUUCCCCUCUGCCCCUCAUAUCCCCACAGAAGGAGCUGUAGCUACAGCUGCUGCCUGGGGCCAGCACUGCACUGGGAGCAGGGAACACUCAGCACUCAUCAGCUUCUAAUGUCUCCUACAGGAAUCUUGGACAAGUUACUUGAAAUAGGAUUUUACAUUUUAUUAGCCUUCUUUGUGAGGAACAUCCCCUCCCAGCCACAGGCAGCGGGGUGAAGAACCUGCCUGUCUGAAGGAUGUGAUGCAGAGCAGGAAAGGGCUGGCAUUAUGGGUUAGACAGGUCUUUGACUUGUCUCUAAAGUUCCCUCA